UGAAAGUACGUACUACCAAAGCUUUCGUGUUUUCAGAAGCGAAAACCUUGUGUGUAGCGUAGUUAGUAGAUUAGUACUACUCUUUUUUCUUUUCUACACAUUAAAUAACACCCCACUUAUUCUCAAAGAACGCCAUAGCUGGACUCCGAGACUCUCCAAUAGUCAGAAAGGGUCAUCCUCUUGCGUGGACUUCCUCACCGGAGGGAGAGUUUUCCCGGCGACCUCUGGGCUCCUCUCUUGGAUGAUCUGAUAGAGAUUGCCCCAAACCGCUGCUUAAUAUCCGGUAUGUAAUGAACCGUAAUUCUAUUUCAACGGUUUAUCUGCAGGAACAUACUUGGGAGUUUGAGCGAUCAUUUUGCUCUGUUUGAUUUUGCAAACUGAAUUGCGAGGGGAAACAGUAGAGAGGUUGGAACUCUUGUGCAUUUCUCAGAUUUCUGGUAUCAAUUAUGAAUGAUCUGAUCCGAGUUUGUAUCAACCUUCCUUCCCUCACUUCAGUUUCAAUUGGGUUUCUAUUUGAUGUCCUUUUGAUGGGUUUUCUGCCCUCGGAUCUUCGUUGUUAGGCGAGUAUCAAGAAUGGAGGUGAAACAAGAGGCGGAAUGGGUUGAAGCACAGAAGAUUUUCACCAGCGUUGACCUGUUGGCUGCAGCCAAACAGCAGCUUCGUUUCCUUGAUGCCGUUGAUAAGAAUCGCUGGCUCUAUGAAGAACCAGCUCUCGGGAAGGCCAUCUACAGGUAUAAUGCUUGCUGGCUUCCUUUGCUAGCCAAACAUUCUGAAUCACCUCUUUUUGAGGGGCUACUUGCUGUCCCGCUUGAUUGUGAGUGGAUUUGGCAUUGCCACAGGCUCAAUCCCGUGCGGUAUAAUUCGGACUGUCUGGAUCUAUAUGGAUCAAAUUUGGACAACUCCCAUGUUGUGUCUUCCAUUGAAGGUACCUGCACAAGACAAACUGAGGAAGUUUGGAGCAGGAUGUACCCAGAUGAGCCUUUCCACUUCGAUGUCAGCAGAGCUUUGUCACCACUUGGUAACAGUGACCAAUCUGUCACAGUUGUUGAGAAAUGCACCAAAUAUGAUUUGGUAGCCGCAGUUAAACGCCAGAUUCCUUUCACCUAUCAGGUGUCCAGGCCUCAUAUGAGCCAUCAUGUUUUCCUUGAAGAAGCCGUGGCCAGAUACAAAGGGUUUCUUCACCUGAUCAAGAGAAACAGGGAAAGGUCCAUAAAAGCAUUUUGCGUUCCAACUUAUGACAUUGAUCUUAUCUGGCACACACACCAGUUGCAUCCUGUUUCUUACUGUAAAGAUUUGGGUGCAUUGCUUGGCAAAAUACUGGAGCAUGAUGACACGGAUUCUGACAGAACCAAAGGAAAUAAAUUAGAUGUUGGAUUUUCCGGAACUACCAAACAAUGGGAAAAUACAUUUGGCACAAGGUAUUGGAAGGCAGGUGGAAUGUACAGAGGUGCUGCCCCGUCUCCUGUUACUUCCAGUCAUUUCACAUCAAAUCUUUCGAGCAAAGGAACAGCGCAGCUUAAGGAUUAUCCGGGGACAAUUCAUCUCCCACAGAAGAAGACUGUAGAGGUUGCUUCUUUCGAAUGUGAAGCUGAGGGAGAUCUGUUACUUGAACUUGUUUCACAUUCAUCCUCCCAACUGCCAUUAUCCAAAGAAUUCAAGACAGUGGGUUCUGCUUUACUUUCUCUGCAAAAUCUUUUGAAUCCAAUAACCAAACUUGCAGAAGAGAAAUGGGUGGAAUUGCUGCCUGUUUCUGGAAAAUCGAGCCCAUGCCCCCUCUGCCUGCGAAUUGCUAUAUCUUACACUGUCCCAACUCAAGCACCUUUUGUAUUAGACAUGACUCAUCCUAGGCUACUGCUAAAAGGAUUGUGUUUCUUCCCUCUACCUGGAAGGGUUAAUCAUUCUAAAAGCUGGACGGAUAUCACCAGUGAAACUAGUGGUGAAAGGAUGAGCUUGCAGAUGAGGGACUCUAAGAAGUCGAAGGAAAAUGACAAAGGGACUCCAAUGAAGCAGGUAAUUGGGCUCAUGGAAUCAGGCGAAAGCCGCACACUUGCAGAAUUUUCAGAUUCCCACUGGUCUUUGAUGGAUUCUCAGUGGCGCCUUGGUCUUCAAAGGAAGUCCAAUGAUGAUGGUCAUCUCGCAGAUCUUAUUGGCUGCAGGACGGUGAGGAUUUUCCAAGGAAGAAAGCUAGAUUAUGAGCCCAAAAUCUGUGAGAAAUGGAACAGUGAACAGGACUUCAUGACUCUGGUUGAAUUUUCUGCUGAACAUCCAUAUGGCAAAGCUGUGGGAUUGAUGGAUUUGAAGUCAGGGAUCAUCAAGGUAACUGAAGAAUGGCUGGUGCUGCCUGCAAUUGUAUCAGCAUUCAUACUCUUUAAAAUUCUUGAGAAGAAGCAAUAUGAGAGUUUUACUCUGAACUCGGUAAGCUUAAAGGAGAUGAACGGGGUACUGAAAGCAACCCCAUUGUCGCAUAAAGAGAAUGAAGUGAAGGGUGGCGGGGGUUGUGGCAGUGGCUGCGGCAGUGGAUGCGGAAACAUGGUGAAGAGUGGUGGCGGUUGUGGCAGUGGGUGCGGCAGUGGAUGUGGAAACAUGGUGAAGGGUGGUGGUGGCUGUGGGAGUGGAUGCGGCAGUGGAUGUGGAAGCGGAUGCGGGAACAUGGCGAAGAGCGGUGGCUGUGGCAGCGGAUGUGGAGGCGGGUGUGGGGGCAGUGGAUGUGGAAGCAUGUUUAAGAGCAGCAGCGGGUGUGGAACUGGCUGCGGUGGUUGUGGAGUGAUGUCCAGAGACUCCAUUGUUAACACCUCCGGUGAAGAUGGCGCCAGAGAGUUGACAGUGUAUGCAAGUUAAGGGAUCGGGGUUUUUGUGCUUUUGAUGUAUAGAAUGUGCGUGGGCGUAAAGAAUAAGCUUUGUUUUAGCAAAUAAUGUGCUAUAUGAACUUUCAUCUCCAGAUCAGAUGAGGCCUGGGGGUGGUUCGAUUGGCUGGGAUUCUGGUGCUUCAAGUCACUUGUGUAUAAGUUGCGCUUCUUUCCCUUCCAAGUGUACGAGUUUAUGUUGUUUGUGAGUGUGGUUGCAGCUAAAUACGGGUUCACCGAAGCUUACACAUAUGCAUCACAUGAUGUAGCUGCACUUUUGUUUUCAGUUCUUAUCCGUCCAUGUCCUGCAACUAGCUUCAGCGUUCCAUUUUACAGAUUAGAUGAGGAAACACGAACACCGAACAUCA